GGAAGGGAGAGCGAGCGAGUGAGAGUUGUUUGGAGAAGGGGGAGAAAGAGAAAGGGGUAAGGGGACGGUGGUACUUUGUUUCAUUCGUGACACUCAGAGCCUCCCAGUCAGUGUUAUUCUGAUUUCUCUCUCUCUGGUUCUCUGGUUGGAUUGGCAUCACCCUGGGCUUUUCUUCCUGGCUACACUACGAGGACCCACUGCAUCUCCAAGGAAAUGUGUGCAGGCAGAUGCACUGUCUGUCUGUGUAUGUAUGUGUGAAUGAGUGAGUGUGUGCCUGUCUCUGUUAAUGCAUUCCUGGCUGGAUGUUUGCGCUGUGAGUGUUUAUGUGUCAGACGAGGAAGAGGCAACAGGGCUACCGUUGGGGUUCUGCAGUGUGAGUGACCUAGCUAGGGUCCAGUGUCUCCCGUGUAGCCGGGUAGGAGCUCUGUCCUGCUCUUCUCUCCGCCUGGCCUCCAUGAGUUUAUCUGAGGACACACAUCUCCUCCCUGGAAGAUGGGAAAUGCUUCAGACACAGCCCUGUUUGUCUCCACAAUCUCAAAGGAGCUUGACUUCCUCAUGGGCACACUCUACAGCAUAUUCUGUGUUCUGUCUCUCCUGGGGAAUGGCAUCUUGAUGCUUGUUGCGUAUCGUAAGCGCUUGUCCUUGAAGCCGGCCGAGUUCUUCAUCAUUAACCUGUCCAUCAGCGACCUUGGGAUGACCCUGUCUUUAUUCCCUCUGGCCAUUCCCUCUGCAUUCGCUCACAAGUGGUUGUUUGAUGAGAUCACCUGUCAGUUCUAUGCUAUGUGUGGAGUUCUGUUUGGUCUGUGCAGCCUGACCAACCUCACAGCUCUCUCCUCCAUCUGUUGCCUCAAAGUCAGCUUCCCUAACUAUGGUAACAAGUUCUCCUCGUCCCAUGCCUGCGUCCUGGUGGUGGCUGUGUGGUGUUACGCCUCUGUGUUCGCCAUCAGUCCCCUGACACAGUGGGGACACUACGGGCCCGAGCCUUAUGGCACUGCCUGUUGCAUUGACUGGCACGCGCCCAACCACCAGCUGUCAGCCCUGUCCUACAUCGUCUGCCUGUUCCUUUUCUGCUACGCUCUGCCCUGCACCAUCAUUUUCCUCUCCUACACCUUCAUCCUGCUGACGGUGCGCGGCUCUCGCCGGGCCGUCCAGCAGCAUGUGUCAUCCCAAACCAAAACCACCAAUGCACACAGCCUCAUUGUCAAGUUGUCGGUAGCAGUAUGCAUCGGUUUCCUUGGUGCAUGGAGCCCUUACGCCAUAGUGGCCAUGUGGGCGGCAUUUGGUGAUGCCACCAUCGUGCCUCCUGCUGCAUUCGCCUUGGCGGCCAUCUUUGCCAAAUCGUCCACCAUCUAUAACCCUAUGGUCUACCUGCUGUGCAAACCCAACUUCCGCAAGUGUCUUUGCCGAGACACGUCCACAUUCCGCAAUAGGAUCUGCAGGGGCAGCCCCCGGCCUGAACAGAAAGACCCCUUUGGAUCCAUAUCACAACCAUCCCAGAGAAACAACAAGGAAAUGAGCAUCUCAUACGGACAGCCAGAGAGCCCCGUGGCUUGUCUGCACUGUGCUGAGGAUGGAGCUCCUUGCCAAACAGGAACCACGUCCCAGAGGAGUGCCUGCAUACUGACCGGCUCCACCUACGGCGAGGUGACUGUCAGUCAACUCUCUGCCAAUCUGCAGGCUGAUUUCCUCUAGUGUUGCAUCAGAACUGCAUCCUACCCUAAUCGUUCAGACAGGGAUGGCGAGAUUGCCAGGUGGAAAGAGAUGGCCAGGAAGGGAGAGACUGACAGUAAAAUGGCAAAAAGUAUUGGUUGAAUCACAUGUUGCAAUCUGGCACACAAGCCAACAUGACAGUAUCUGUGUCAGUGAGAUGAUGGGCCCAUCUUAACUCAUCAUUAUUUUCUGACAUCUGUAUGUACCUCAGCAGCUGUUGCACUCAUUCUUACCACAGCAAACAAGAUAAUAUUGCUAGAGUCCAAUGUCUUACAAGUUGGUCGCACAAGCAUUUCGCUACACUCGCAUCAACAUCUGCUAACCAUGUGUAUGUGACAAAUACGAUUUGAUUUGAUUUGGUCAACCCAAACAACCAAGAAUAUUAAAUUGUACAAGAUGACAAAACACAAAAGUGUUAACUGAACUAUUUAAAUAUAUUUAUAAAAGACAACAUUUAUUAUUAUUAUUAUUAAGUGCAGUGGAUUUAUCCAGGAAAAUUAUGUGGCAAGGAGACAGAACUAAUGAAAAUAGGUGCCCAAUGAUCCCACACAUGAUGCAAUGUUCACAUCUGUGUAGCGGGGGCGAUAUGAACAUAUUAAAGCUAAUCAUCAUCAACUCAUCUGGUUAUACUGUGCCGGUGAAGAGAGAGACCUUGGCUGAAUAUUUCCUGACAUAUUUCCAAUACAUUGCUGAUAGAAUUGGGCUGUAAAGUAGCCCUGGUUUCCCUUCAGACCAUUGUGUUGCUGUGCUGUAGACCUUGACGUGUAUUUGUAAUAAGAGAGCAUAUCUAUAGUAUCAUUAUGACCUUAUUGUAACUGUGAAACAAAUGUUUGAGGAAGUUGCUGUAAUUAUCAAAUUUUAUUACAAAACGUUGAAACAACCAGUCUGGUGCUUGGUUAUAAUUGUUUGAAAUGUAACUCAUGUUUCAAAAUUGUAAAUCAAAACUGGCAUACCUUUUGUUCUAAUGCGUCAGUAGGUUCAGACACUCUGGAUGCCAUGGGUCAGGUAAAAGAACCUCAUGAUUUGCAGUAUUUCAGAAGUCUGUAAUGACAUUAGGUAAACCAUCGUCUCUGCUUUUAAGGUCAUAUUAGUAUCUGUGUCAUUCAGAACUACAAACCUGUUUCAACAACAGUGGACAAUGGACAGUUGGACGCAACAAACUGUGACUGAAUAUUUCAUUUGCCUGUUAGCAUGGUUCCAGGUUGAUGACCUUUGGUGACCUUAAUUGCCUUUGGCAUUAUCUGUUGAGCAGAUCCAAAGAGCGGAACCAACAGAAUCUCUGAGAACUUCUGUUUCAGAUAAUUCCAAUAUUACAAAGGCAGUUGUGAUGCAACUCAAGUAAUUCUGGCACAACAUCAAGGAUAGGUGGAAAAGUAUUGCUAUGGAACCUCAAUUCACAACUUUCAAAAUAUGUUCCUUUUGAUAGAAUUUCCAACAUAUGCCUGCUAAAUGCAGAUAAUAUAUAUAUUUUUUGGGAAGGGGAAAGUCUGUGAAUCCUAAAAUUAAAUCAACAUAAAACAAAUUAUUCUGGCAGGUGGUUUGACUGUGUGUUGGCAUACAGCGUUUUGUGUGGAGUAUUUUAUGAGCAGAGUCAAUCUAGCUAAUCAGUCAGAAAUCUCCAUUCUCUCAAAAAGGGGUUGCGGUGAUGGUGUGCAGGACAUGACAUCUCGGCUGCAGUCACCUCAUUUUUCCACUUGUUUGAUCUGAGAUGAAUCAGAGUGAACAGGAAUUUGCAUUUUGUACGAAAAGUGGUAAUUCUAUAUGAGUGCCCCGCAUAGUUGUGUUUCUUAAGGCCUACAACAACCCCACUGACUUUAUCAAAGCUGACAGACUAAAUAAUAAUGAGUGGUUCACAGUGAAAGCAGUUACAUAACAAACAGAUGUAACUCUAACAUGCAGUGAAGCUCAACAUCUGAUUAGGUCAUUUUUUGUCAUGCGUACAUACUGGACAAGCUUCCCCACUGUUACAAUUCUUACAUUAGUACAGUAAAAAGUAUUAAACGUAGUGGAAAUUAAAAACAUGCAAAACAGACAGUCACGCUGUCUUUGUAAGAUACCUUGCUACUCAUUAAAU